AUGUCGUCCGUCCGUGCUGUCCCCUCCACGCCGCGCGUCAUCUCUCCCAGCCCGACACCCUCCGAGAUCGAUGCAGCCUCGCAAGAUAACUACUUUGGCCCGGUGACGAGGUCCGCUGCGAAGAAGCGCCGUGCCACCCCUCAACCCUUGGAGGAGCGCGCCGAGGAGGAUGACUACGAGCCGUCGACGAUGCGCAGGUCGCGCACGAGAAGCCGCUCGCCCAUCGAGUCCCGCCGAAUCACCCCGAUGACCUCGGUCAAGUCGCAGAGCAAGAGAGGCAAGUCGCCCGUCAUCCCGAGCGAACCGAUCACGAACGACGUUGCCGCCGCCGCCGCCGCCGCCCCCGGCGAAGCGAAUGGCAUCGCCAAAGCCCCGACCGCCAACGGCCACCUGGCCCCUCCGUCCGCCGCGCCCGCCGGCUGGAGCUGGCGGGACUUCAGUCGAAGCCCCAGCCCGCUGGGCUUGAUACCCAUCCACAGGAAAUGGCGGACAUUUGUACACAAGCACGAGGUGCCCAGGAAGGUCCUGCACGUCUCGAUCGGGUUCUUCACGCUAUGGCUCUACGUUUCGGGCAUCCAGACGAGCUCGGUGGCACCCUGGCUUUUCGCCGCCCUGAUGCCCAUCACGACCGCCGAUUACCUCCGUCACAACUACGCCUCUUUCAACCGCUUCUACGUCUCGGUCCUCGGCGCGCUGAUGCGCGAGAGCGAAUAUGCCGGGUGGAACGGCGUCAUCUUCUACCUGCUCGGCGCCUGGAUCUCGCUCCGAUUCUUCCCCAAGGACGUCGGCGUCAUGGGCAUCCUCCUGCUCAGCUGGUGCGACACCGCCGCCAGCACCUUUGGACGUCUCUACGGCGCCUACACCCCGCGCAUCCGCCGCGGCAAGUCGCUUGCGGGAUCGUCGGCGGCCUUCCUCGUCGGCGUCAUUUCGUCCUACUUCUUCUGGGGGUGGCUCGCGCCCAGGACAGGACCUUUCCCCGGCGACGAGAACUAUCCCUUCAUGUUCACCGGGGCGCUGCAUCUACCCCGCACCAUCGCAAGCGCCGUGGGGCUCUCUGAUGCUCAGGCCACCAUCACCGGACCGUUAGCGCUCGGAGUCAUGGGUCUGUGGUCCGGCUUCGUGGCGGCCGCCAGCGAGGUGGUGGACAUCUUUGGCUGGGACGACAACCUGACGAUCCCCGUCCUCAGCGGGGCUGGCAUUUGGGGAUUCCUCAAGAUCUUUGGCUAA